AAUGAAAACAAAGCGACAUUCGCGAAGUUUCUAAUAAGGGACUUGGAAAUAGGAAGGGUUUCUCUCAGGGUUUUUUAUUGGCGCUCUAAGCUCCUGAAGCCUCUGAAGUCUGUCCGUUAGAGAACUCACUCCAGAAUAAAUGGCAUUCGUUUCCACAGUUCGACGAGUUCUUAUUGGAUCAUCCUCAGCUUCUCCUACCCUCCAGUCGCGUCUCUUCUAUUCAACGCUCACUUCUCCUAAGCUUUUCAUCAGCGGCCUUUCAAGACUAACAACAGAUGAGAAGCUAAAAGAGGCAUUUUCUCCUUUUGGCCAGCUCGUUGAAGCAAAAGUGGUAGUAGAUCGAGCAUCUGGAAGAUCGAGGGGAUUUGGUUUUGUCUCAUAUACAACUAUAGAAGAAGCUGAAAAAGCCAGAGAAAACAUGAAUGCCAAAUACUUGGACGGAUGGGUAAUUUUUGUUGACCCUGCAAAGCCAAGGGAGCAGAGACCUCCACCUUCACCAGUACAAGAGCCUACUGAUACUGGUUACAGAACAAACAAGACAAUUGGGUGGUGUGGGUGAUCACAUAUUUGCAUUGCGUUCUGAUUUCAUUGUAGUGGAAGUUACCUUAGCUGAACCAUGUGGCAAAUGCAAAUUAUUUUCCUCCUAUUAAGAUUUCUUCAUAAACAGCUGAAAUUGAUCCUGAAGAAUACAGUGAUUUGUGCUGUAAUUGCAGCAACUUUGGACCGAGUAUAGAAAAAGAUCAUUAAUGUUCCCUCUACGGUGCAAAUGGUAAUUGGACACAAAUUAAGACUAAUCCUUCUAAUGGGAAUAUGCGAGGUUGAUUUAAUUGCAAAUGACCUUUUGAUAUGUGAUCUAGUAAACAAUAUGAUUCUCUUGAUUUUGAAUUAGAGUCAUUGAUCUCAAUUUGUCACUGUAUCUUCGUUUUUUGUAUGUCUUAUUGGCCAAUAAACCCAGCUAAGGAUGCAAUAAUAUACAAAAACUUACACAAA